CAUUUUAAAUUAAAAUUAUUAUUAAAAAGUAGCAGAUGUGAAAAAUGAUAGUGCCUAUAUAAAAAAUAAUAUAACGUCAUUUAAUUAAGUGCUAAAGUGUAAUAUUAGAGUAAAAUUGAUGAUAAAAUGAAAGCUGUGUAAUUACGGAAGCAAAAUUUAUUAAGCGAGUGUAGAAAUGAGUGUGUAUUUAAUCAAGAGUGUUACCGAGAGCUAAUUGGAGUAUAUGAUGGUAUAUACGGUAUAGUUUGUGUGUGUGAGUGAGUAAUACAGAGUGAAGAUGUUGCCGGUGCCCCAGGAUCGUAUGUCUGGUCGGCGCAGCAGUUCCAUCGUCAGUAGAACGCUGCUCGGGCGCCGGGCCUCCGUCUACGUCACCGGGAACCAUCAGGAUCCUGCGAAGCUGAUAACGGAGAUCAACGUGCAGUUGGCGCUGUUCCGAGACUUACUGAUUCACAUCGGCCAGCCUCACGACUGUCCCGAGCUGCGCGAGCGCGUCCGUCGACUGCGCCGCGCAUGCGUAGAGGCCACCAAGACCACCAGUCAGCUAGUCCUACCUAAUUGUAAAAAGUCAACGAGCGACAGCUGUGCGGAACAGCCGCAGAUGGUGCUCCUGUACUUCAUGGCGCAACUCUUGCUGCGGGAACUCGCCAAGUGCCACCGAUUAGUUCAGCUCGUGCCAAUGGAUAUGACCUCUUAUUAUGAGAACCGGGCCGGUCCGUCCAACUUCGGCAACGUCAUCAGUCAGAUCCUGCUCUGCAAGCAGAUCACUCCUGACUUCAACCAGGAGGAGUUGUGCAGCAUCGUGAAGGAUACGCAGGAGAUCACGCGGAUAGUCAACGAUAUACAGGAGUAUUUGCCGCAGCAUGAGAACUUAAAUCACUUAGAGAGCAACAUCGCGCUGAAAGGCGACGACGUUAACGGACUGUGGAGGAAUAAGCGAAGAGGAUCCUUGUACAAAGGCAUGGGAGUGCUUUGUUGCGUGUCGCGGCCCAACUACCUCUGAGGGUGACAGGGCUCGCCCGCGCGGCGGCUCGGCGCCCAAGCGGCCAUCGCCUCCACAGCGUGCUAGAGCGCCGAGCUCUCGCGCAGUGAUAGUGAAUGUCGAGUGACGCUACGUGCUGUGCGCUAAUGAAUGGGUCCAUUACAUUGUUUAAUUAGUAACUGAUUAGUGAAUUGAUAUGUUCACAGUGGUUGAUUUGAAAUAUUAUUAUCACAUAAUUGUAGUUCAAUUAUAAAUAAGUAUUUUAAUAGCCGUAAGUACUGCAUACAUUCAUGCAUAGAUUAUAUUAUUAUGAAUUGCCUGGAAUGGGAUCAAUUGCGUUUAAGUAGUAUAUAAUACAAAUAAUUAGUAUUGUUUGCACCAUGGGUCAUUGCAUUGAUGGCUGUGUCGUGUUUAUAAUUUCCAUUUUCUAUAUUAGGUUAACUUUUUUACGCGAUUUCUAUGUAUGAUAUAUUCUCAGUUAGGUAGAUAUCUAUUUAUAUUUAGUUUGGUAGUUGGGUUUUUCCAUCCCUCACUUCAUUAUUUAUAGCCUAGAAAACUAUCUCGUAUGCUGUUAGAUAUUCAGAAUAGCCUAACGUUCAGUAAGUAAACUCUAGUCGGGUCACAUCCACCAUCUCGUCUUUGUCAACACUUUGUGACUUUUAUUUUGUCUAGUCAUUAUAGAUAAUCUAUAGCUAUAUCAUACUUGUAAAUAAAAUUUAUUUAUAUAAAACUUAAACCAAGAUAUACUCUAUCUUUUAGUAGAUGUGUUUUUUUACCUAAUUUGAUAUUUUAGUACAUCUCUAGUUUUACCUAAGUAAAUCAAAUACCAAAUAAUUAGCUGGCUUUAGAUAUUUCAAGUACUGUACAGUUUUAUUUUCAUCGAUGGCCUAGUCAUUGUUAUGAAGAUUAAACUUGAAUAUUCUAGUCAAUUAUUGUAUUACCAUUAAAUUGCUAAAUUAAUUAAAUUAAGCAUGCUAAACAAUUAAUUAAUAGGUAAAACUUGUAAUUACGUAAGACUUUUUGGAGUUAAUUAAAAUGGGUACAUCAUUUUAAAUUCACAUUGCCCGCUGGCUGUCGGACUACCGAAUAAAAAUAAAUGAAUAGGCCUGGGUACACACUUAAUUCACCACGUGCACAUAAGCCGUGAACACACACGCGUCCGAACAGCAGAAUCCUCAAAAACGCACAACGCAUAAUACUAUGAAAAUGCGGAUUUGUUUCCACUUCCCACGUCCAGCGCUCGCGUGUUCGCUUAUAAAUUGCAGAUGAGCCUACGCACAAUGCGGAUUUUUUAUGAUGUACACUCGGGUUUAUAUUACGUUUUGUACGUACUCAUGCGUUUGUUAUGACAAUUUGACACAAAUUAUUUGAUGCAAAGUAAAGAGUUAAGUUUGAUACUCCACAUCAUUAUGUACCUUAGUAAGAAUUCUAAUAGCUUAUUACGUUAGGCAUGUAUGUAAAACAUUAUUGUAUUAGUCAACUGUUGCCUAAAUAUAUCUAUAUAAAUAAAUAAUAGCUAUUAAAUAAGAUGUAAAACAAUAAGUAAAAUAUUUAUUACAAGUGGAUAAUUGUUAAAUGAAAAUAGGAAAUAUUUAUUUUAAUGUAGUGCACUGCAAACACAGGUACCUAAUAAAUAAUUAAUUUAAGUAAUUAGCGCUCACGCAAUUAGCUACACGAUAUCAUUAAUUUAUCAAUAAGCACAACACGUAGACACAAACAAUUUUGUAUUACUUUUCUAUCCUUCAUCUGUCGAACUAUAAAUUCAUAUAGCCUAACGGUUCAAUUUGUGUAAUACACUAUUGUAAUAAUCCACUUACUAAAGUGAAGACUGUGAUAUACUCGUAAUAUAAAAAUUAUUAUUAUAGAAGAAAAUAAUUAUGCAUUAGUAAAAACGUAAUUGAAUUA